AUGCCUCCAAAGUCCCUCGAACUCAAGCCAGACUCCUACCGCUUCUUCCAAUCUCAGUUCACCAAGCCUAUCUGGCCUCCCAAGGAAACCUCUCUCGCCAACGGCACUGGCAUCAUCACCGGUGCCAAUGUCGGUCUUGGAUUCGCUGCAGCCGAGGCCGUGUUAGCCCUCAACCUCAGUCACCUUGUAAUCGCAGUCCGCACAGUCUCCAAGGGUGAAGCUGCAGCAUCCAAGCUCCGAAGCAAGUUCCCCAAGGCCAAGAUCGAUGUGUGGCAGGUCGAUAUGCUCUCACACGAGAGUGUCCAGGCGUUUGCCAAAAAGUGCGAAACUCUGGAUCGAAUCGACUUUGCCAUCCUCAACGCAGGCACUCAACACAUGGCCUUCACCAGAAGCCCUGAGGGCCACGAGUCCACGUUCCAGGUCAACUACCUCUCAACCGUCCUCCUCGCCACACUCCUCCUGCCCACCCUCAAGAAAAAGGCACCGGCGGGAAAGCCAGGCCGUCUCACCAUCGUCAACUCUGGAACAUCCCUGAUGGUCAAGGUGCCGGACCCAAAAGACGAGCCGGCGCUAGCGUGGUACGAUGACGAGUCCAAGUUCUCACCUGCGAGCACGUACUGGUAUUCCAAGGCCCUGGCGCACUUCUGGAUCAUCAAGCUGGCGGAGCGUGUCAAUCCAGACGAUGUUAUCGUCAACCUCGUGGAUCCGGGGUUGGUCAGGAGCACAGAUCUACAGCGAAACGCCAACAUUAUUGUACGCACCAUCUCCUGGUUUGCCAAGUGGAUCAUCGCGCGGUCCCUAGAGCAGGGCGCGAGCACGUUUGUAGAUGCGGCCAUUGUGAAGGGCAAGGAAACUCAUGGCUCCUAUGUCAUGGACUGGAAGAUCUUUCAUUAUACCAAGGCGGUGUAUGAGGAAUACGGCCAAGAACUUGCCAGUCGGAUAUGGGACGAGACUCUUGAGGUCCUUUCAUUUGUUGAUGUUAAUGGUAUUCUGAACUCGUUGUCGGAAAAGAAGUGA